AUGGCUGAUCAGGUAGACAUAGAAAAGCUCAAAAUCGAAGAAGAGAAGAAGGCCCAGGAACAGAAAAUCACCCCUUGGGAGGUCGAGGGUGCCGUUGACGAAAACGGUCUUUCCAAAGGUAUCGACUACAACAAGCUUUCUGCCCAGUUUGGUACCAAGAUCAUCACUGAUGAAACACUUGAAUCUUUUAAAAGAAUCACUGGCCACGAGCCUCAUCCUCUCUUGAAGAGAGGCGUGUUUUUCUCUGAGAGAGAUUUGCACAAGAUCUUGGACUUGUAUGAACACGGAGAGCCUUUCUUCCUUUACACUGGUAGAGGUCCAUCUUCGGACUCCAUGCACUUGGGCCAUAUGGUUCCAUUCAUUUUCACCAAAUGGUUGCAAGACGUGUUUGACGUGCCGCUUGUCAUUGAAAUGACCGAUGACGAGAAGUUCUUGUUCAAGCAGAAAUUGACUAUCGAAGAUGUCAAGGGUUUUGCUAAGAAGAACUGUAAGGACAUUAUUGCCGUGGGCUUCAAGCCAGAGAACACUUUCAUUUUCUCUGAUUUGGAGUUCAUGAACCCUGCUUUCUACGAGAACAUUGUCAGAACCUCUAGACAAAUUACUACUUCUACCGCCAAGGCUGUUUUUGGUUUCCAGGACUCUGAUUGUAUCGGUAAGCUCCACUUUGCUUCUGUUCAAAUUGCCACUGCUUUCCCUUCGUCCUUCCCUUCUGUUUUGAACUUGCCCCCAAAGACUCCAUGUUUGAUUCCUUGCGCUAUUGACCAGGACCCUUACUUCAGAGUUUGCAGAGACGUUGCCGACAAGCUCAAGUACAGUAAGCCAUCUUUGAUCCACGCCAAGUUCUUCCCUGCAUUGCAAGGUGCUUCUACGAAAAUGUCUGCUUCUGACAGCACCACCUCUAUCUUCAUGGAUGACACUCCUAAGCAGAUCCAGAAGAAGAUCAACAAAUACGCUUUCUCCGGUGGUAGAGCCACUUUGGAGGAGCACAAGGAGCUUGGUGGUAAUGUCGAAGUUGAUGUUGCUUACCAGUACCUUUCUUUCUUCUUGGAUGACGAUGAGAAGUUGGCCCAGUUGGCUGACGGCUACAAGAAGGGUGAAAUCAUGUCUUCUGAGAUGAAGAAGGAGUGUAUUGCCGUUGUGCAAGAAUACGUUGCCGCUUACCAGGAAAGAAGAGCCAAGGUUGACCAGGACGUUAUCGACUCUUUCAUGAAGCCACACACGCUUGUUCACAGCCAGGCCGAAAGAAAGGUGCCUGCCAAGGAGAGAGUCAAGAAGUCCAAGAAAUAA